AUGGGAAAAAAUAAUUAAAACAAAGACAAAAAGAAGGAAAGGUAAGAACAGAAAGAAAUAAAGCAGGAACCUUAAGAGAAAAUAUCAAAAGUGAACCUUGAAAAAGUUGAAUCUAAAUAGGAUGCAAAACCAGCAGAAAAAGAAAUUGAGUCAAAAGAAGUAGAAAUAGAACAACCAGAGUUGAAAGUAUAAGCAGAACAAGAAACUUAAAGUGAAAAUAAAUCUAAAGAUAAAAAGAAAGAUAAAAAAGAUAAGCCCAAGAAAACAGAUGAAGAAAAAGAGGUCGAGACUAAGGAAAGAAAAGAGAGGACAACCUUUGUUGGUAAUGUUCCCCUUGAAACAACCAAUAAAGAUUUGUAGAAACUGUUCAAGAAGUAUGGUGAUAUUGAGCACAUCUGGUUUAGAUCUAUUGCUUGUGAUCAUGAAUCAAAGAAGACUCAUAAGGGAAAGAUUAUUAGUGGAGAGUUCGGACAAUAAAAGUAAAGCAAAAAUGCCUACGUGCUUUUCAAGACUAAGGAGCAUGCUCACAAAGCAGCAUAGAACUUAAAUCAAAUUGAGAUAGGAGGAAAACACAUUAGAGUAGACCUAGAAGAUUCAUAAAAGGAUUUUGAUAGCACUGUCUUUAUUGGAAAUUUACCUUGGGUUUUAGAUGAAGAAGAUGUUAGAUCUCACUUUGAAGAAUGUGGAAAGAUCUUGAAUGUCAGACUUAUUAGAGACAAGGAGAACUUUAUUGGCAAAGGCAUUGGCUAUAUCCAAUUCUCAACGAAAGAGGAAAUGAGAAAGGCAGUUGAUACUAAGAGUGGAAGUCUCUUUAAGGGAAGAGAGUUAAGAGUAAAGAAAGCAGUUGAACCAAAGAGAUUAGAAAAGAAGCAGAAAAAGAAGAGAGAGCAAAAGGAACUCUAAAAGAACAAUUAAUAGAAGGAAAAGGGAGAAAAAACUGAGGAGUUAAAGACUCCAGAAUAGAAAGAGAGAGAAGAGUUAAAGAGUAAAAAAGAAGAAUCAAGAAAAUUAUAUAUGGAGAGGUAAACCAAGAGAGAAAAUGCAAUGCUAAGAAUCGGGAGCAAAUAAAAUAAAAGACAAAAGCCAAAUGAAAAUGCUCAAAAACCCAAAGACAAGGCACAAGCUAAGAAAUGA